GCUGCAGCAGCCGGGAGGAUGAAGCAGCCUCAGUGCCUGUGCCAGAUUUGCACCUGCGGGCGACAUCGUUGCCCUCACAAUCCCACUCGGAUUUAUGACCAUGGAGGAGAUUCUUGCGUCAUGACGGAAUACGUAGACAAAUACCCUCAGUAUGGAAACGUUCCUCCCCGCCAGAGCCUCAAGCCCAAACAGGAGUUCCAAAAACAUGGAGGGAAAAUGGAAGGAAUCACAACUUUCAGGUCUGACUACCUUCCAUACGAUGUGGCGAAUCGGCCCGUUCGGGCGCAAGAGGAAUACAUGCCAGCCACCGGAGAUAUGGACCUGGGAACGACUUACAGGAGAGAUUAUAACGCUCACAAAAUACAACCGGUGAUCUUAGUAAAACCUUUAGACAGGAAACAUGUCGAAGGAGGGAAGCUAGAUACGAUACCCACGUACCAAGCUGACUAUAGAGCCUGGGGGAUUCAAAGAAGGGAGCCUCAUAAAACGGACAACAUCUACCAUCCCCCCAUUGAGAAAUUUGGGAACAGCACUACAUUUCAAGAUGAUUUUUUCCCUAAGGAGCUCACUCCCCGAAAAAGUUUUAAGCCUAUUGCAAGGACCAGGCUUUCUGACCAACCUUUUACUAGCAUCACGAGCCACCGCGACGAUUAUGUCGCUCAUCAGCUCGGGCCAAAGUGGGUGAGAUCGAAAGAAGAGUACAGGCCGAACAGCCAGCCCUUUGAAGACGUCACAACCCACCGGUGUGAUUUUAGAGGGCUUGUGGGGGAACUUCCGCACAGCUUCAAGCCUGAAUACACCAAAAUAGAAUCAAAGGCUCGUUUUAACGGAGUGACGGAAUUCCAUGAUAGCUUUCCACCGUGGGCCGUUUCCUUACCUGAAGUCCACAAAGCGAAAGAAUACGUCCCACCUGCAGGCAACAUGGACUUGAACACUACAUCCCACCUGGAUUACGUUGAACAUGAAGUCCACCCACUUGUCCUCAUGAGACCGUUAGAAACAAGCAGGAAGAAUAAUGCCCCCUUCCAAGGGAACACAACCAUGAAGGAUGACUUUCAAGCUUGGGAUACCAGUCGGCGAGAUAUGAUCAGGAGACCCCAGGAAAUGCAAAAGCCUUCUGGGAAAUUUGACAAUAUGACCACUUUCAGAGCUCACUACAUACCACACAGUAUCGUCCCGACUCAAAGCUGUAAACCUUUAAAGAUGGCUGUUUCUAGUUCAGCACCUUUUGAAGCAGGAACCAUGUACCGUACAGCAUAUACUCCAAAGAUGCAGGCCAUCUGCCCGGCUACUUAUCCAUCUCCUCCAGGAUACGUUUUUGUCAGCACUGAUUCUCGUGGCCACAAGUUCUUCCGCAGAGCUACGCCAGAGAUCAAUAAGAUUGACCAUGCAAAUGGUAAUCAUGUUCCAAAGGAAAUAGCAGUUGAAUCAUAA